CAAACCGAUUUCGCCGCGGCUUGUUGUGCGGUGAAGUUGUGUUUGCGAUUGAAACGAAACGACGUUUUAACGUUUUUUGGUUCAGAUUUUAUGUAUAAAAUGAAGCUGUAUGUAGUUUCGUUUGUUCUACUAUCGAUAUUUAAUCAAAGUCUUGCAAUAUGGUGUUAUCAGUGCACAGCAGCUACCCCUGGGUGUGUGGAGUUCAACUGGCGAGCUAUGGGGUACCUGGGGAACCCAUGUCCUGAUGCUGAAGAUAUUUGUGUUAAACUCAUUGAGAGGAAAGGAGCACAAGAAGUCAUAACCCGAGACUGUUUGAGCAACUUCCGAGCAUUCCGCACUGACAUACCGGCAGACACUUAUGAAGGCUGCCGUCCUGCUGCAAAGGAUGUCAACUUGGCCAACUAUGUCAAUAAUUCUAUAAAGGAACUUGAUGUUAAAAGAGACUGGUAUGACGAGACAACCUGGUGUUUCUGUUUCCUCGAUCACAGAUGUAACGGCGCAUCAGUCGCUGGCGCUUCAAUGGCGUUGCUAAUGUUAUAUGGUAUGCUUGUAUUCAGUAGACUAUUGUUCUGAUGCCCUCUGAUGAUUUAAGGUCGCUGCAUACGUGACUGUGCGCCAUAGAACGUGGACGGGACGUGGUUAAUAGGUGCCACGUCCGUUCCGUCUGGUUAACCGUGAAAUAUGUUCUUUUGUAUACUUCAACUUCAACUUUAUGGUUAAUGGCAACCGGUCGUCGUAUAGUAGACAACCAUUACUGCCAGAGUCAAGUAUAGAAAAGACACUUGUCCAUAGAGAAUGUCUGAUAAAUUUAUCCAAAGUCAAUUCCAGGGAUAAGUAGUUCUUUUGUAUACAUUUACGAAACUUAAAAAAAAAAUAUAUUUCCAAAACUUCAAGCUGCCGAUCCGUCAGAAAUCGGGAUGAAAACACAUCACGUAUGCAGCGACUUUUAUAGCUAAUUGCUACUGAUUCUGGCAGACACAAAAGUUUAUUUUAUCUUAGUUUCACAUAUCUGAAUCUAAUACUAUCCCUAUCUCAUCUCUUCAUAUCGUAAGUAAAGGAGGGAACUAGCAGCUUAAAUUAAAUUGAAUUUGCGCCAGCCAGAAUCGGGGUAAUAGUAUAUGUUAGAGAAAGUAAAUAUAAUAUCAGAUUAUACAGUGAUGCCGAUUCGCACAACCACCGCAAUUUCACCAUAAUUUGACAGGACUAAAACUAGCUCUAU